AUGAAAGAUGACAGUCAUCUUAUAAACAAUGUCAAUAAUAAUAAUCAAAUCAUAAGAAAUCCUCAAUUACCACCACAACCACCGCCACCACCACCAGCCGAUAAUCAUGUGAAAGAACAUUUAGAAACAGUAACACCACCGAUUGGUCAUGUCGAUAUAGAAAUUUUAGAAACAAUACCACCGCUUGAUAAUGUAAAUGUCGAUCAACUAGAUAAUAAUAACAAUAAUAAUAAGGAAGAGAUCAGUUACCAUAUCAUUAGACAAAAGAUAGAUAGUUGUUUCGUGUUAAUUAAUUAA